AUGGAAGCCGCAGACCACCCACCACCGCAUCCUGGGACUCGUUUCUGCCCCUGCCUACCAGGUGAAGUGAAGAGGGGCGAGUGGGGAGGUGGGAAGGGAGACACUCCCAUCGUGCUCUCAAAGGUUUUGAGACGUCUCAAAACUCCCAUCGUGCUCUCAAAGGGAGGUCCUCCCGUCGUGCUCUCAAAGGGAGGUCCUCCCGUCGUGCUCUCAAAGGGAGGUCCUCCCGUCGUGCUCUCAAAGGGAGGUCCUCCCGUCGUGCUCUCAAAGGUUUUGAGACGUCUCAAAACUCCCAUCGUGCUCUCAAAGGGAGGUCCUCCCGUCGUGCUCUCAAAGGGAGGUCCUCCCGUCGUGCUCUCAAAGGGAGGUCCUCCCGUCGUGCUCUCAAAGGGAGGUCCUCCCGUCGUGCUCUCUAAGGGAGGUCCUCCCGUCGUGCUCUCUAAGGGAGGUCCUCCCAUCGUGCUCUCUAAGGGAGGUCCUCCCAUCGUGCUCUCUAAGGGAGGUCCUCCCAUCGUGCUCUCUAAGGGAGGUCCUCCCAUCGUGCUCUCUAAGGGAGGUCCUCCCAUCGUGCUCUCUAAGGGAGGUCCUCCCAUCGUGCUCUCUAAGGGAGGUCCUCCCAUCGUGCUCUCUAAGGGAGGUCCUCCCAUCGUGCUCUCUAAGGGAGGUCCUCCCAUCGUGCUCUCUAAGGGAGGUCCUCCCAUCGUGCUCUCUAAGGGAGGUCCUCCCAUCGUGCUCUCUAAGGGAGGUCCUCCCAUCGUGCUCUCUAAGGGAGAUCCUCCCAUCGUGCUCUCUAAGGGAGGUCCUCCCGUCGUGCUCUCAAAGGGAGGUCCUCCCGUCAUGCUCUCAAAGGGAGGUCCUCCCGUCAUCAUUCUGUACAACACGCCUGGCGUGCUGUCCAAGUCAAUGCACAAGCUGGAUGAGCUCAUGAUGCAGGCAGUGCGCACUGCCACAGUCAACGCUAUCCAAGUCAUCAUUCUGUACGACACGCCUGGCGUGCUCUCCAAGUCAAUGCACAAGCUGGACGAGCUCAUGAUGCAGGCAGUGUCCCUCCCUCCCUUGUGUCCCCUCCAUUGUCAUCUCACCACUGCAGAUCAUUCUAUCAUUCUGUACGACACGCCCGGGGUGCUCUCUAAGUCAAUGCACAAGCUGGACGAGCUCAUGAUGCAGGCGGUGCGCACUGCUACAGUCAACGCCGACGCUGUUGUCCUCGUUAUAGACAUCACCCAGGCGCCCCAAGAGGUAUCGAAGCUGCUACUAGAGGGGAUGGAGAGUGCAGUGGUGCAAAAGAAGCCGACCCUCAUAGUGCUGAACAAGAAGGACUCGCUCAAGCCGGGGGAGGUUGCCAAGAAGCUCAAGUGGUACCAAGACGCAGUGGCAGCGGACGGCCACAUGGUGAUUGCGCUGAGUGCCAAGAGGGGAGACGGGGUGGAUGGGCUGCUGGCAUGGAUGCUGGAUAACAUUCCCCAAGGCCCUGCUUACUACCCCAAGGACGUGGUGAGCGAGCUGCCAGAGCGGUUCUUCGUGGCUGAGAUAGUGAGAGAGAAGAUUCUGCUGCAGUACUCGCAGGAAGUGCCGUACGCCUGCCAGGUGACAGUGAGGGCGUUCAGGGAGAGGGAGAAGGCAAAGGACUACAUCAGCCUUGAUAUCAUGGUGGAGCGGGACAGUCAAAAGGCGAUUCUGCUGGGGAAGGAAGGCAAGCAGCUGAAGGCACUGGCAACUGCAGCUCGGAUGGACAUAGAGGAGUUUCUGGGGCGAGAGGUGUUCCUCGAGAUUCGGGUGAAGGUGAAGGAGAAGUGGAGGCAGGACGAGGCGCUGUUGAAGGAGUAUGGGCUGGACGUGCGCAAGAGAGGCUCCUGGUACUGA